AUGGUGGAAUCGUGUCUCACAGAGGAUGUUUUAAAGGCGUGGCAAAGGAGUUCGCUCUUUAACCAGCCUGAAGGAACUGAUCUUUCUCGCCUUACCAACUUAAUGAAAUUUUUAAAGUCUGAAGUGGAGGGUGAGGAGAGAUUAAAAUUGGCGCGUAAUGGACUCGAUGGUGUUAGUCGUAAAGAAGGAUAUCAUGAUAAAGCAAAGAGGGAAACAAAAAAUAAAUUUAAAUUUAAGAAACAGGGAAUUGUUCCCACUGCCACAGGUUUUCUUACAACCAGAGAACAUGCAUGGGGAGAGUUUUCCAGAGACUGGAGACUCCAUCAAUGGUCUUUUGACCGUACGAGAUCAGAGUGGCUUAAGAAGAGUAAAAACGAAAAUCACCGAGAUGAUUCUUAUGCAUUCCGGUACCCGAUUUUAUUACCUUCUAAGCAUUGUAUUGUUGACUGUUUAAUUAGAGAUUACCAUUUAAAGCAUUCUCAUGCCGGCGUACAAGCAUUAACUGUUAUAAUUAGAGAAGAAUUCUGGAUCAUUGGUGCAAGACGCCGAAUUAGAUCGGUGGUGAAACAGUGCGUCCGUUGUAAACGAUUUUCAGCAAAACCUCCAACUACUGCACCCAUUCAAUUACCAUUAGACAGAGUUCGAGAUGCUUUCGCAUUUGAAGUUACCGGCAUAGAUUUAUGUGGCCCUCUGAUUCUCAAAAAUAAAAACAAAACCUGGGUAGUACUGUUUACGUGUGCUGUAUAUAGAUGUGUACAUUUGGAACUAGUGACAUCCGUAAGUACCGAAUGCUUCAUUCAAGCGUUUCGUCGGUUCAUAGCCAGAAGAGGUCGGCCAUCUACAGUUUAUUCAGACAACGGCACAAAUUUCGUCGGUACAUCUGCAUUGCUGAAAAAGGUUGACUGGGUAAAGGUAAUUGCUCAGGAAACUUUGCAUCCCAUCACUUGGAAGUUCAUUCCGCCCACUGCUGCUUGGUGGGGCGGAUGGUGGGAGCGUCUAAUCCGCACAGCCAAGAAUUUGAUUGUGAGAGUCUUAGGACAAGCUGCAGUCAAUUACGAAGAGUUACUGCCCGCCAUCUGUGAUGUGGAAGCCGUAAUAAACUGUCGACCACUUACUUAUGUGUCAAAUGACUCUGAGGAUCUUCUACCAUUAACGCCUUCCAUGUUCUUACAGGACAUUAAGGUUUCAGGUACAGCAGAUUUGGGUGCUUUAGAUCGAAAUAAACUCUUGGCUCGUUAG